AUGUCCUCGUCCCCCUCGUCCCCCUUGCUCAUGCCCAUGUCGUUCACCGCCCAGCGCGGCUGAUUCCUUUUGCUCUGACGAUUCUUUACUCCCGCCAGUCCGCCCUGAAAAAUCAACGCACGUUCUCCGAGCGCCGAGGCCGACUCGGACACGCCCGCCCGUCAGGCUCAUACAUAUCAUCAGGCUCGUUCGCUCUUAGCUCGAACGCUCACGGAGGCGGUGCGUCACUUGCCACUGAGGCUAGCGGUCGCCAUCUCCCCUGCGCCUCUCUUGGACUUUCAUCUCUUCUCUCUUCAUUUUCCUCUCCAUGUCCGUGUCGAUGUCCAUCUCCACGCCCUACUUGAUGUCGUUCCCCUACGUGUAUGAUGGCUCUGCGCAGCCACUAAUGUCCGAGUCCGACUCAUAUGAGUCUGUGCUGCCACCGGCGUACGCCGUCUCCCAAGCCUCGGCUUUCGAACAUUCGUCGCCUAGGCCUGCGAGUUCGCCGAUUGACCUCGCUGCUCUCUACGACGACGACGCCCCAGACCCGAUCCUACCUCCAAAUGACGCCUACUCGUUCGUCCCCUCGGGCUCGGAUUCAGAUUCGGAUUCGGAUUCGGAUCCGGGUUCAGAUGUCACGCUACACGAUGAGCCGCUACCUGAAGUGUGUCCUACACUACAACUCUGCCCCACAGAAGUUGUCGACAGCACGCUCUCACCUGUGGAUCCGGCAUUCCUCGGCAGCCUCGAUAUCGACCUCGUAGCUUCACCCCUCGAUGCAUGGGCAGAUGUUUGUUAUGCCGACUCUGUCUUGGAAGAUAACGCUAGUGAAGACGACGAAACUGGAUCCGGAAAGGACUCGCCACACUACCAACGACCAGAGAGUCGGCAUGCGUUCGCGAGCCGUGUUCACUCUCCACACACGGGCCACUCCGUGAUCGAGCACGUCCCGCUUCCAUGCACGCUCGGGUCUACGGCGCCGAACACAACCGUGAAGCCAAUGUCCCCGCCACCCCUUCCGUCCACCCCUUCCUCUCCUCCGCUUUCGUAUUCCCCUUCCUUAUCACGCUCUACGCCGACCCUCGCUUCUCCCCGUGCCCGUCGUGCACCCUUCUCCCUGGACACCAUUCGCUCGCAGUCCCCACUCACGCCCGAGUCUGAGGAUGACGGAGCACAUGCAGACGACGAGGGCGACGGGGGUUACGGGCGUGCGAACGACCCGCACUUAGGCCUCCGGGGCUGGACGCCUCCGCGCGUAUGGACGGGGUACGAGAUGUGGGUGCCCGUGGCGGACGUCGAGGAGAAGGUCACCGCGCUGCAUCUCGACCUCGGCGCUCAGCGCAGGGCGGACGGGCGGGAGAAGGGAGACCUGGAGCAGGCGGCGCUACCGCAGCGUGUGCAGUUCAAUAUGCGCCCGACGUCGCCUGUGCCCGGCUACCCGCUCUUGUUCAGCCGCGAGCCGCCGAAUCCUGCGGAUUCGGUACAUUUCUUCCCGAAGAGGUGUAGAGAUGAGGAGGGCGAGGAUGAAAACCGCUGCGCAUGUCCGUCUUUCACCACCUCACAUUCGAAUCCUCUCAAACGUCAAGACUUCACGAUUCACGACUCGUCACCAACAAUGACUCUGUCUACGUGCGCGCUCGUACAGACGCUUGGUCGCUUGGCUACCUCUUGUUCGCCGCCGCUGGAAGACGUCCAAAGGGCCGUUCUGCAUGCGGACUUCGUUACCUUACUAGUCGUAACUAUUGCUCAGUUACUCCGACCAUCUUCCAUCUCGUAUUCUCUGCAUAUCUCUGCAUCUCCCAUUCAUCUUCAUCAUGACCAAUACACGUUCAGCCCUGCUUCCAUCUCUCUGGGCCACCUCUGAGUAUCCACCGCUGCUCGGUGUUCCACGCACUGUCACUAUUUGACUCCGCGUUAGAUUCACCGUCUUAGCGUUGUACUGUAUGUCGCUGUAUUCUCCUCGCCCCCUCUCCAACUGUACAUCCACUCGCUCCCUGCCCUCCUU